AUGGGAAUGGCCGGUUUCACGGUAGCACUGAUGAUGAUAUGGGUAAUAAUAUCUCCUUGUGUCAAUGGAAAAGAGUUCUCCAAUCACAAGGAAAUCGAAGUAGAAAGACUUUUGAAGCGGCUCAACAAGCAUGCUCUUAUAUCCAUUAAGUGCGAAGAUGGAGAUAUAAUAGAUUGUGUUCCGAUACAUAGUCAACUAGCUUUUGAUCAUCCUCUGCUUAAAAACCACAACAUCAAGAUGAGACCGAGCUUUAUACCGGAAAGUACGUCUACGUACACCAAGAAUGAUACAAAUGAUACUCAGGCGUGGCACAAGAAUGAAAUAUGCCCAGAAAAUACAGUUUCGAUAAGAAGAAUAAAGAAAGAAGAUAUCUUACGGUCAGGAUCCAUUGAAAAUUUUGGGAAAAAGAUGACUCCAGGCAUCCGUUUAUAUGGUUCAAGCAGUAUUCAUGAGUACGCGAUCAUGAGGGCAAAGAAAGGAAAGUAUUUCGGGACACAAUUUGUAGUGAAUAUCUGGAAACCAAAAGUUCAAGAACCCAACGAGUUCAGCUUAGCUCAGACUUGGCUCUCGUCUGGAGUUGGCGCUAAGCUUAACACAAUUGAAGUUGGUGUUCAGGUUUAUCCAGGAAUAUCUGGUGAUAAGAAUCUAAGAUUAUUUGUGUUCUGGACGGCCGAUGGAUACGGAAAGACAGGGUGCUACAACAUCGACUGCCCAGGUUUCGUUCAAACGAGCAAUCGUAUCACUGUAGGUAGAGCCUAUAAAAGCGUCUCAAAAUACGAAGGUGUUCAACACGUGCUUCCCAUACUGAUAUGGAAGGACGUCGAUCGCUGGUGGCUACAGGUUGACAAAGAGGUUGUCGGCUACUGGCCUGAUAAGAUAUUCAGUUCUCUAGGAAAGGGAGCUACGGACAUUGACUGGGGAGGUGAAAUCGUUAACGAGAAGACCGGUGGGAAACACACGAGCACGGAAAUGGGAAGUGGGCAUUUUGCAAAAGAAGGUUUUAAAAAGGCGAGCUAUUUCAAGAAUCUUAUGAUAGUUGAUAAAUCCAAUACUUUGAUAGAACCACAAGGACUAUACUCUGAUGUUACCAAUGAGAACUGUUACAGCAUUAAGAAAGGACGUAAUGGAACUGCCUGGGGGAUUAGUUUCUUCUAUGGUGGUUCUGGGCGGAACGCCAAAUGCCCUUGA